CGAUUGGACACUAUGCGAUAGUUCCUACAGUUUUAUUAAAAUAAUUAAUGCUAAUAAAAAAUCCACAGGUGCUUAUCGUGGAUUGACAGUCGAUUAGUUACGCUCCACCACUUUGGUCUCCUUGGACAUAAGCAAUAGCAAGAUGUCCCUCUCGAAGCCACUUUUUUCGCUCAUUGGCACUUAUCUGGAACAACUUUUCAAUCAUCCGGUUCGCACGAAGUCCAUAACGGCGUGUAUUUUGGCCACCUCGGCCAAUGUGACCUCGCAGCGUCUGGCCGGAGCCAAGAAAUUGAACCAGAACAGCGCCUUCGCGUAUGGACUGUUUGGCCUGCUCUUCGGUGGAAGUGUCCCCCACUACUUCUACCAGACCGUGGAGCGUCUGUUCAGUCAUGACUUGCGCUUCAGGAAGUUCUUUUUGUUCUUGUCUGAACGACUAGUCUACGCCCCCAUCUACCAGGCGCUUUCGCUUUACUUCUUGACACUGUUCGAGGGCAACUCCCACGGCACCGCUGUUAAGAGUGUCGAAAAACUGUAUUUGCCCCUGCUGAAGGCCAACUGGCAGUACUUGUCCUUGUUUGUGUACCUGAACUUUGCCUAUGUGCCGCCCAUGUUCCGUUCCAUUAGUAUGGCCAUAAUUUCCUUCAUUUGGGUAGUUUACAUUGCCAAGAAGCGUCGUCGCUUCGCGAAUAAGCAGGCUGCUGACAAGUCGAAAUAAACAUUCCAGUGGGGACCCCAAGACUUUUCAACUAUA